AUGCGGUUGAGCACCGUCGUUCUGUUCCUAAUACUGUCCACUUCGAUUCUAACGACGUACGCCGCCACGUCAUCAUCAUCCAACGCUUCUACGCGAAGACGUCGCCGUCACAAUGAUUACGAAGAGGAAGAGGACGAAGAAGAAGCGGAAGAUGAGGACGACGGCGACUAUUCGGACGGUAUCGGAGAGGCUCCGGCCCCGCCGCCGCCUCCGCCACCUAAUCAGAUGAACGACGAGGAGAAGAGUGUGGUUUGGCAGAAUCCGGAACAUCCAGAACGACGUCAAGGACGGUAUUCUGGCGGUGGCACCGACAAUGAACAGACCGAGUUUGUGCGGACCGAGUACACGGAUCAGGAGUACAAGAAACUCAGGACUUAUAGUGAGUUGAAACGAUAUUGUCGAUCCUUUGCAAGUUUUGAGCUCUAUUGACCGGUUCUAGCUUCCAAACUGAAAUUGUAGGCUUCGGGUAAAAUCUAGACGCGUUUCAUUCCUGGUCUGAUAUUGUCGACUUCUGAAUUGUAUCUUUUAAACAAUUUGAACAUAACCUUCUGGUUUUUUCCAUAGUUUUAUCGCUUUCUACAUUUUUAAUUCCCUCAUUAUCAUUUGUGGACUUUUGCCAAUAUUCCAGUAUCUGAAAGCAUUUGUGAGAUCUUGUACAUAUAAGGCUUGUCGCUGAUUAACUGAAAAGUUUUUGUAAUUUAUGUGAAUGUGAAAGGUCUCCUUCAAAACGGAUAAUACUGAUUUUCCAGACAAACACUCAUUCCCCCUUCAAAUAAGCAAGCUUCUCUGUAUAAAAGUGUGCGUACUAACCUAAUUAAUUUAAUUAUUAUAAGCGCGUCCACUAUUUUCUGGGAUAUCCGCACGCGGAUGCCCCUUUUCAUAAACAUCCACAUCUUCUUUUUCUUCUUCUUCCUCCUCCUUUUCAUUUUCCUUCAAAACCCCCCAGAUUUUAUUUUUUCUGGGUGUAAAAGUAGAAACCUCUACAGAAUAUUCAACAAAACUGAAAUAUUCAUAAACUCAUCCGAAUGAUGUACUGCUUAUUCUUUCUCUUUCGAAUUUUGAACCUCUCUGAUUAUUAUAUUAUAAACUCACAAAUGUGUCGGCAAAGUGGAAGAUUUCGCGAUGAUUCGGUUAAAUAUAAUCAUUUCUGCUUCCUACCACCAGAAGACCCGACCACUAGACAUUUACAUAAUCGACAAGUUUCCUCCCCGACCGACAAGAAGUGGGGCCCCGAGAUGACGAGCUAACCUUUGAGCGAAUCGAGCUACCACUACGUUUUUCGCGUUUUUCUCUGAAAUCUAGACAGGAAACAGACAAAGAACAUGUUUUUUGUAACUGAUGCACCAUAUGAAAAUCAGAAACAUGUUGGACUUCUUGAUUUCUGUGACAAUCGCACCCGAACAAACCUUCAACACAUUUUUGCUAUUUCGAUCGAUGCAUGCUGCCAAAGCGUGAAAAUCGGGACCGAUGCCCCAUGUGUGAGACAGAAACGCGCUCGUUGUUCUGCCACCUCAAAUUUUGUGUUAUUGUUUCCAUUUCCAUCAAUUUUUGAGUCAAAACAAGCGCAUAACUAACUAACCGACUGGCUCCCGAGAUUUUCUUCAUUUUUCAUUUCUCCCGCCUGCCCGUGAGAGUGUCGCCAGAAUUGGCCGUGACCAGGUGCCUGCGCAAAAAGAGCAUUCACACUUUUUACCGCCCCCCUUGUGCGCGCGCGCCGAUUUACUUUUACCCACGCCCGGUUAAAUGUGUCUAUUUCCUUGCCGCACCACUUAUUUUAUUGCACUUUCUUUCUGACUCUCCCCCAUUUUUUGAGCACCUGGAGCUCCCGAACCCUUUUUUUUUGUCUUCUAGAACCUUGCAAAAAACAUAGAAGUAGUGGAGAAAACGUAAAAGAUUUUCCAGAAUUUUUUAGCAUGUUUUGGCCGACCGACCGACGCGGCGUGUAUGUGUGUCUGAUCAAGUUUCUCUUGUUUUUCGGUUCUCUUCAUUUUCUGAUUUCCUUUUUUCAGUUCAAAAAACGUUGUUUGUGUGCAAAAAGUGUUUGUACACAGGUUUCAGCUUUAGAAACGUUUUUGUAGUCGAUGCACCAUGUAGGAACAGAAACAUGUUUCGGAAACUGUUUUUCUUCUAGGAACAUGUCUUUGGAUCUGUUUUUCUGUUUUAAAACAUGUCUUCUAGAAGCGGUUUAACGGUCUGUCUCGAAACGUAUUGCUAUGUGGCCGAUGCACCAUUUGAUCUCCAGAACUUGGUUUUUUAGUGACUUUAAAACGGUGUAUCAUCUAGAAACAUGUUCUCACAGCCUAAACCGCCAGAAAAUCAUAGACGCAGACCCCCAUGGAGCCCAAAAAUUCGCCAAAACAUUAUCACAUGAUGAUCCACUUUUCCGGAGGCCGCCAAUUUUCCAAUUUCCUAUCAAAUAUCCGGCUUAUUAUGCAUUUCAAAGUACGUCUGCCCCUCGCCGCUUCUCAUUUCCCCGCCACCGCCACUUUCUCGUUUCGGAAUACCAAUAGAGACUCUCUCAAAUUACUCGUUUCUUUUGUCCAUUUCUUUAAAGGAAAAAAGGCGGAGAAGGAGAAGAAAGAGAAGAAGAAGAAGAAGAAGUUUUCUACGGUGAAAUGAAUGAGGUGAAUUGGACUAUUUUCCAAUCUCUUGUCAAUAAUGUGAUUUGGAAGUCCAGUGCUCGGAGACUCCGCCCACUCUUGUUUAAUCAUGCUCCACGGCUCAUCGGGCAGCCAAUCACAUCACUUUCAUGCUCCGCAAAGCAUCCCUCGAGAUUCUUCCAAGCUCUUUUUUGUUUGAGUCGGGUUUAGUUGGUUGUCCGGGAGGUGCCGACGUUUGUGUUGAAAUAGUUUUAGGCUCGGAAACAUGUCUAACAACUUUUAGCCGAGAAAGCCUGUUUUGAAACAAUUGUUGUGCUGAAAACCUAUUUGGAAACUGGUCUUGUCUCAAAAAACAUGUUGCAGACUUGUUACAAAACUGCUUUUACCCUGAAAACAUGCUUUGUGAGAAAUUGAAUAUUAUCGCCGAUGCUCCGAAACAGUUUUUUGUUUUCGAAACUUGCUACGACCCUUGCUCCCCCCCCCCUCCAAUUUUCAACUUCCCACUUUCUAUUCGAGCACGAAAAAGAACAGCCCCCAACUGCCAGUUUCCGAUCAUUUUCUACCUCCAAAUAAUAACACAUCCACUCUAUUCUCCUACCUUUUCUAUACUUAUCCCCCCACACAAUAACCUACCCGUUCGCAAUCCUUCUUCUUCUUCUUCUUCUUCUUCUUCUUCUUUUCUCCCAAAAGAAUGUAAUAUUUAGGGAGUGCACUUACUUGAUAUGUCAUUUUUCAUUCUGAAUUCUCCCCACUUUUUCCCACACAGAAUUCUUGAUUCGCUUUGCCGGGAUUCAGGGUUAGGAGGUUCUUGGAAAUGAACCAACCAACCGAUGCACCAUGUGGAAUGGAGAAGACAUGUUUAGAACAAGUUUUAGGACAAUAACACGUUCAGAAACUGUUUUUGUUAAGAAAUAAUGUUGUGAAACAGAUUUUGUCUUCAAGAAUAUGUUCUGUCUGUUUGGAAAACAUGUUCCAGACAGACUUACCGAUAGUUUAUUUGAAAUUCAUUCAUCCUGGCCUCAAUUUGUACCUUCCUUUUAUCACAUUACUACCCACAAACCACUUUACCCCCUUCCGACCCCCUCAACAAUAAAUCAAUAUCCGAUUGGUGUAAAACAAGGCGGCCAGUGAUUUGUACGUCCUCUCGUUACCGCAUCAACUACCGUAAUCUUUCCGGAAACACUCUCUCCGCGAAUCGCAUAGUAUUUCGGGCAACGACAUUGAUGGAUUAGCUAUUAUCAACCUGCCGCACAUUACAACCGGCCACACCAAAUGGCUCUGUGAUGUUGCCGACGAGAGAAGAGUGGCACGUUUGAGUGAGGGGAGCAGGAACAUCUCGUGGCAUCCGGAGGGUCUGGGAGUACUGUAGGGGAGCAUUUUGUGAUUGGAACUUGUUUUAGACAAAAAAUCUCGUCCUCAUAGUGCGUCUGGUAGAAAAUUUGGAUAGUUUUGGAGCAAAACUAGUUCUGAAAGAAGUUUCUGCUUUCGGCAUGGUGCAUCUGCAGUUCCAACUACCAAUAAUACUCAGAAACAUGUUUUUCAUCCAGAACUCUUGUGCAAAUAAGCAAGAGCAGGGAACGCAUAAUAAUGAGCGCUUGUCAAACUUGUGUUAGCUCGAGAACAACAAACUUUCUCGGAGGAACACACCCCCCUAAUGUGUCCCGUUUUUUGACACACCACCACCACCACCACCACUAGCAUCCAUUUCUCUCGGCUUCCUGCCGCCACGUCUCUGGGGGCCUUUCCGAAGAAACUUAUCGCCGAACCACAAUCAUUGUCUUCUUUUAUGUUUCCUCCUCCUUCUCCUCCUUCUCAUCCUCACACCCACUUCCCACCGCCGCUAACUUGCGAUUUUUGUUUAGUGCACUUUGGCCUGAGUUUCGGACACAAGUUUGUGCUUCUAAAACAUGUUCUAACGUGAAUUUGCUGAAAAAAUGACCCCGAAACGUGUACUAGCGUAAAAACAAGUUUCGGUCCUAGAAACAUGUUCCGAAACAUUUUCUAGCUUGAAUUCUCUGAAACACAAACGUCUUUAACGGUGACCGCAACCCGUCCAUUAUCCCCUGUUCACUUCCGACUAGCACUUAGCCGACUGCUUGUCGGAAGAGGUGUAAAGAUUUGCGCGGAGCUCGCUAAACAGCAUUAAUAAGUGACACACCUGGUUCAUCAUCGAUCAGAGCGCGGAAAUACCACGGCCGGCCGCUCAUCCCCCAUUUCUCCGCCACCUUGAGUCGAGCCAUUAGACAGACACCUCCUCACGGAGCACAUAACAAUUCUCUCUCGCACUUGAUUGUGCUCUCUUCUCGAAGUGCCACCAAGUGUUUUUUUUUGUAAGGUGGUUGCGAAAUUUCCAGUUGCGAAACGUCCAGCCAUUGAAAUGGCACUCAAUUUACGAAUUCCGGAAAUGUGACCUAACAUCCGUUCUCUUCAUCCCUCUUUUCUCUCGAUUUCUUUGAAACAUGUCUUGAAACAUAUUUGUGCUUGAACAAACCUUAAACACAUUUUUGUUUUUCCGCUCGAUGCACCAUGUUUUUGAACGUGUAUUAUUUUCAAGCUACCUUGUUAAGUGUGUUUUGUCUGUUUUUGCUCUCAGAAACUCGUUUUAAAACAGUUUUUCUUCUUUUUAUCUUUUCUUCUCCCGUCUCUCUCUCUCUCUCUCUCUCUCUCAUAAAAAGUGGAUGGUUCUCGUCACAGAUGCUCGGCCAGUAAUGAUUCUCCGGCUUCUUCUCUCGUCAUUCGUGGCACUGGCCACCUCGAAAUCGGCCAUCUCUAUCUCGAAUUUCGAUGAGAGUUUCGGUAGACAAAGUGAGCCGAUAAUAAAUCAGUUGUCCUAUUAAAAGUUGGGCGAUGAGUGAGCCGCGCCGAAUGAGCUCAUUUCGCCGAUUUAUUGCACUUCUUGUUAGCUGCAGAGAAAAGAGCGUAUUUUAAUGAAUUCCAGAGAAAAGGGAGGGGGGACACGAGAAAAUCCGAAGAAAUUAUAAAAAGUUGAUUUGCAGGCGCCGGUCCCGUGCCUCGACAAGUGGAAUGCUACUCGUGCAUGUCGCUGUCCUAUCAGACGAGUUGGAAAUACCUUCAGGCCACUUAUAUUUAUCCAAAAGUGAGUUUACGCUCAAACAAAUUUAAUCGAAAACCGACUAAAGUAACCCGGUUGAGAAUGAGAAGUGUGGACUGUAGGAUGAGAUGACGUUUUAUUGCAUACUUGCAAACGGGCCGGCUCAUAACUCGCUUCAAAACGAAAGCGGCCGACCUAGAAUGUGUUUUUGCAGGUUUUUGUCGGCCGGCGCCACAACACCGGCUCGAGAACCGGCCCGAAUGUUGUCACAUUUGUAGAACUCAUCGAGAUCUAUAAUCUGAUAUGUUGUUCUACGCACAACUUUGAUUUUGAAGCGAGUUAUCAGCCGGCCCGUUUGCAAUUAUGGUUUUCUGGGUCUCAAAAUGUUAUUUUCGCUGAAAACUCUACGAGUAGUACUACACUUUUUCAGUUGAGCACUUUUAUAUACAACCACUUUUGUAAGGAUACUGUAGAUCGCUCAGACCAAAUCUUCCAAGAGCUACUCUACUUUUAGGAACGGUUGUACAAAGUUCAAGACGUGUACAAUACUUAUUGCCCAGAGUGGGCGUACAGAAAAAUGGUCAACUGAAAAAAAAGAUCAAUGAUUUACUUGUACAACUUCAAAAACCCACCGUGCUCGUAAAAGUGAUUGAACAGUAGUACUAGAUAUAAAGUUUUCACAUGAAAUAUUUGAGAUCAAUAGGUUUUCAAGAAAAGUUUCAAAUUUUCAUUAAGGUAUUCACGGAUCGAUGUCGGGACCCGAACAGUGAACGUGGAAUGCCGACGGUGAUGUGCAGUAGCGUUUGUGUUUCGUUGAUGGAACCCGAUGUUGAAGCGGGUCAGAUAAACGUGUUUUUAUCGGAAAAGGCAAUAAUUUCUGUUUCAGGUGUGUUCAUUGGUUUCAAACACAUUCGAGGCUGUUUGGACCGAGUUCUCAGGCACGGAUUCAAUCAAUCGGCGCUCAGAACGCAUCGAUUUCAUCAGAAUGUGAGUCAAGUUUGACUUUUUUGUGAACCCACUUUUAGCAGGCCGAUUGGACUAAAAUUUUGCAGACUUCUUUGGACUUGGAUUCAAGUAUUUCGGGUUCGAGUUUCAGACCGAUCGGACCAUUCGGUACCGAGAUAUGUAGAUCAGAGGCCGAAAUGGGCAGUAUUCGCGAGAAUCAGAUCCACAUAUCUCAGGACCGGAUGAUCCGAUCGGUCUGAAACUUGGAUCCAGAAUACUUCAAUCCAAGUCCAAGAAGCCUGCAAAGUUUGAGUCCGAUCGGAUUAUUGUGAGUGGGCCAAAAGUACAGGCGUCGAGAGACCUCCAAAAAGCCUGGGACGAAUGUUGUCCAGCCCUGGAAAAAAUGCAAUAAUCUAAGGAAUUUCAGAAUCACUGCCGAACGCUAAGCCGAUCGGCUCUUUUCAACCCGGCCCGCGCGACGGAUCCGCCGGCUCUCGGAGACGUCCAACUGUGCUCCUGCUACGGCGAUCGAUGCAAUUCGAGCCACGUGGCACUGCCCUCCCACGCAUUCUUUCUCCUCUUCUUCCUCGUUUUUGUACAUCGGAUAUUGCUGUGCUCAUGA